CACAUACAUGUACAGUAUAUGUGGGAACUGGAAAUCCAUCUUUUAGGUCAGUUAAAUACAGUUAUCAAACUACUGUAGAAUGGUUUAAAUGUGAAUCAUACAAUUAGACAGACUGACAGAGACAGAUGGAGAGAGAGACCGAGCGAAUCAUUCUACUAAAGUGACAGAUUGUUCUGAUUAGAUUGCCCAGUGGUAAACAGCUAAAUCCUGUCUCGUGUAGCAGUGGAUCAGUGGAUUAUGAAACACUACUCGGUUGGCUGCUGGCACCUGAGUCCAGCCAGAGGUCAUUGGGCCAGGUGGGGCUGUGUCCACAAAAUUAUUUAUUAUUUAUCAUAAUUUUCGACCGAAAACAGUUCACUUCCCAGCCACUCUUAUCUCAUAUAGGGGCACAAUAUUGAAAAUCUGCAGCACAAUGUAAUUCAAUAUAAAUGAUCACUGAACUUCUCAAUAUAGUUGGCUAUUAUAAAUAAGAUUCCUAUACUUACCAUGAAGUGCACUGAUUGGUGAAAUGAAAUUAGUAAUAGCACCAUAAUAAUUUAUGUAAAAAUAUAUUGGUUAAGAUUUCCAAAGAUGUCCAAUGUUUUGCUGAAUAAAUGCAUGGGAUCUAAUGUAUAACAAUACCUUGGCUAUGCCUAUGAUGUAUCUAUCCGUUGUACCUACAGUAUGUAUCUCUAUCCAUUGUAACGAUGUAUCUAUCCGUUGUACCUACAGUAUGUGUCUCUAUCCAUUGUAACGAUGUAUCUAUCCGUUGUACCUACAGUAUGUAUCUCUAUCCAUUGUAACGAUGUAUCUAUCCGUUGUACCUACAGUAUGUAUCUCUAUCCAUUGUAACGAUGUAUCUAUCCGUUGUACCUACAGUAUGUAUCUCUAUCCAUUGUAACGAUGUAUCUAUCCGUUGUACCUACAGUAUGUAUCUCUAUCCAUUGUAACGAUGUAUCUAUCCGUUGUACCUACAGUAUGUAUCUCUAUCCAUUGUAACGAUGUAUCUAUCCGUUGUACCUACAGUAUGUAUCUCUAUCCAUUGUAACGAUGUAUCUAUCCGUUGUACCUACAGUAUGUAUCUCUAUCCAUUGUAACGAUGUAUCUAUCCGUUGUUACAAAUCCCUCUAGCCUCUGUGGUCCUCUGUAGCUUAGUUGGUAGAGCAUUGCUUUGGAUGCCAGGAUAGUUUGUUCAUCCCCAUGCAUAAAACAUAUGCACACAAGGACAUAGGUCACUUUAGAUAAAAGCGUCUGCUAAAUGGCAUAGAUACACUGAGUGUACAAAACAUUAAGGACACCUGCUCUUUCCAUGACAGACUGACCAGGUGAAAGCUAUGACCCCUUAUUGAUGUCACUUGUUAAAUCUGCCUCAAUCAGUGUAGAUGAAGGGAGGAGGCAGGUUAAAGAAUGAUUGUUAAGCCUUGGACAAUUGAGAAAUGGAUUGUGUGUGUGUGCCAUUCAGAGGGCAAGAAACAUAUUGAAGUGCAUUUGAACAGGGUUGUGUCAAUAACUGCAACGCUUUCCCUUGUGUAUCAAGAAUGGUCCACCACCCAAAGGAUAUCCAGCCAACUUGACACAACUGUGGGAAGCAUUGGAGUCAAAAUUGGCCAGCAUCCCUGUGGAACGCUUUCGACAAAAGUGUAGAGUCCAUGCGCCGACAAAUUGAGGCUGUUCUGAGGGCAAAAUGUGUUCCUAAUGUUUGGUAUACUCAGUGUACAUCUCACAGCCAAUCCGCUAGAACGAACUUAUUUACAUAAUGAUACGUCUGAACCAAUCAUCUUAUGGUGGGUGUGGAGUUGUCCUCUCGCCGGCUAAAUUCGUUCCUCAAUACGCACUAUCAAUCAUUAUAGUACUAGAAUGGCGACUGCUGCGUGCGGUCGUCAGUGUAAAACAGGCGGUAAUACUGCCAAAUCACAAAAAGAACAUCUGCGAAAAGGUAAAGACUCACAACGGAGACAGGCGGCUCUUUCUUUCCUGAACAAUAUAUCUCUAGACGGACGGCCUUUAUAUCAUCUCAGCAAUGGAAACCUCGGUCAAAGGGACGCCGCCGAGCUCCGAAGUCGAGACGCCGCCGGGGCACAGGCGACAGGACACCCUCAAUUUUCACCGUGCACCUACGGAACCUUCCCCCAUGUAUCACCCUACUUGGCCGGUGGCGCUGCUACUACUGUGGCGGGGAUUGGGGGACUGAGCCCAGUCCUACCUAAUUUGGGUAUGUCUACAGACACGGGCGCAAGUGUUGCUGUGGGGUGCCGUGAGGUGUUGUUUGAGGGUGUAGACACCAUAGUACCCCCAGAUACCCCCCUGUCCCCUAUUUCUGGACCUCAGACCUUCAAUCCAAUUGCCAAAUCGCCAUCUGUGCUCCAGACUCUGAAUUCCGUGCCGGGGGAUACACGUCAAAGAUCACGGAAUCAUUCGGGCUCUCCAGGACCCGCAAGGGUGGCCAAGAAGGUCCACUUUAUCAAGAGUAUGAGGCAAUAUGACACAAGAGGCAGCAGGAUUAUGCUGAUUUGUGCCAAGCGGUCUCUAUGUGCUGCUUUCUCAGUGCUGCCCUAUGGAGAAUGUAUUCACCUCAGUGACCCAAAGCUGGAUGCUCAGAAACAACGGCUGUCCUCUGGGGUUGGCUCUGACCUGUUCCCUGGCCUGGAAGGCCUUGGGGUGGAGCUAGGGGCAUAUGGAAAGACGGUAUCGUACGCCAGAUUCCUUUUCCCAACUAAUGCCCUGGUGAGGUCGAAGAGCAGUGGACCACUAGAGCCCAGCACAACACAGACACCCCUGUCCCGUUACCGAGGCAACGGCCAGAAGAACUACACCAACCCGUCUCGACUCAACAGCACCAUAGGACAGGACCCGAGUAUAGAAGACCUGACAGACUAUGAUCCUUACCUACUCAGUGACCCUCAGUGGCCUUGCGGGAGACACAAGAGAGUUCUUAUAUUUGCAUCCUAUAUGACGACUGUUAUUGAGUAUGUGAAGCCGUCGGACCUGAAAAAAGACAUGAAUGAGACGUUCAAGGAGAAGUUCCCCCAUAUCAAACUGACCCUCAGCAAGAUAAGAAGCCUGAAGCGGGACAUGCGUGCGGUGGGAGAGGAGUGCAGUCUGCAGCCAGUCACGGUGGCCAUGGCCUUUGUGUACUUUGAGAAGCUGGUGCUGCAGGGCCGCCUGAACAAGCAAAACAGGAAGCUGGUGUCUGCUGCCUGCGUCCUGCUGGCAGCCAAGAUCAGCAGUGAUCUGAAGAAGCAGGAGGUCCGACAGCUGAUUGACAAGCUGGAGGAGCGUUUUCGUAUAAACCGGCGGGAGUUGAUUCCAUUGGAGUUCCCUGUCCUGGUUGCCUUGGAGAUGGGGCUCUACCUCCCUGACAGCAAGGUCAUGCCGCACUACCGCAGGCUGGUGCAGCAGGGCUAGGCUGGAGCCUGGAGGUGGCCUGAAUCACUGGCCUGGGGCCAGUUUGGAUAUUUAAGUCCUGAGGAUAUUGAUUGGAAAGGCUGAUCCUGGAUCAUCACCUGGAGGGAGGCAUUUUCUUCCCUAGAAUAUGUUUAGGUAUAGCAGGUCAGCCCAGCUGACGUGUCCCUUAUUCAAAUUGGGGGGGGGGGGGGGAUGGUUUAGGUGCUCAAUAUUUAUUUUGAAUUUUUCUUUAUCAUGAUAUGACUUGAUAUGACGGAUUAAGAGUGUUUUCCGCAAAGAUAUUGGACUGAUUUUUCUUUGUUUUGAUUCUUAUUGCGUUCGCUUGUACCAACCUUCUUUCUGUGGUGUGUAUUGCAUUCUGAUCAAUAUAUAUAUUUUUUAAACCAUGUUUAUUUGUACAAACAGUACAAGUUAAAUAUUUAUUGAAAAAUAGCUCAAACUGGGUGUGGGGUAGCAUUCCAAUGGGGGAUGUCUUUAAGUACACACAGAGAGGAGGCUUUGAUGUUGAUGGUUGUCAUAUCAGUUUGAAAUAAUUUAAUUUACUGUCCAAAGGUGCAGAAAAGUCGUUUUUAUGUGUAAAUUGUGCCUGGUGUUAUCUUUGUUCAUUUAUAGCUCAAAUCAGUUUAUUUGUCACGCACACUGAUUUGCAGAUGUUUUCGCAGGUGCAGCGAAAUGCUUGUUUCUAGCUCCAACAGUGCAGUAAUGUCUAGCAAAACAACACACACGUACAGUACCAGUCAAAAGUUUGGACACACCUACUCAUUCAAAGAUUUUUAUUUAUUUUUACUAUUUUCUACAUUGUAGAAUAAUAGUGAAGAAGUCAAAACUAUGGAAUCAUGUAGUAACCAAAUAAGUGUUAAACAAAUGAAAUUAUAUUUGAGAUUCUUCAAAGUAGCCACCCGUUGAUAACAGCUUUGCACACUCUUGGCAUUCUCUCAACCAGCUUCACUUUUCCAAUGGUCUUGAAGGAGUUCCCACAUAUGCUGAGAAUUUGUUGGCUCCUUUUCCUACACUCUGUGGUCCAACUCAUCCCAAACCAUCUCAAUUGGGUUGAGGUUGGAUGAUUGUGGAGGCCAGGUCAUCUGAUGCAGCACUCCAUCACUCUCCUUCUUGGUCAAAUAGCCCUUACACAGUCUGGAAGUCUAUUGGGUCAUUGUCCUGUUGAAAGACAAAUGAUUGUCCCACUAAGUGCAAACCAGAUGGGAUGGCGUAUCGCUGCAGAAUGCUGUGGUAGCCAUGCUGGUUAAGUGUGCCUUGAAUUCUAAAUAAAUCACUGACAGUGUCACCAGCAAAGCACCACCUUCAUGCUUCAGGAUGGGAACCACCCAUGCAGAGAUCAUCUGUUCACCUACUCUGUGACAAAGACACUGCAUUUUGAACCCAAAAUCUCAAAUUUGAGAAGGACAGAUUUUCACCUGUCUAAUGUCCAUUGCGCAUGUUUCUUGGCCAAAGCAAGUCUUUUCUCAUUGGUGUCCUGUAGUAGUGGUUUCAUUGCAGCAAUUUGACCAUGGCCUGAUUCACGCAGUCUCCUCUGAACAGAUCAUGUUGUGUCUGUUACUUGAACUGUGAACCAUUUUUUUGGACUGCAAUUUCUGAGGCUGGUAACUCGAAUGAACUUAUCCUCUGCAGCAGAGGUAACUCUGGGUCUUCCUUUCAUGUGGCGGUCCUCAUGAGAGCCAGUUUUGUCAUAGCGCUUGAUGGUUUUUGCGACUGCACUUGAAGAAACUUUCAAAGUUCUUAAAAUUGUACGGAUUGACUGACCUUCAUGUCUUAAAGUAAUGGACUGUCGUUUCUCUUUGCUUAUUUGAGUUGUUCUUGCCAUAAUAUAGACUUUGUAUUUUACCAGAUAGGGCUAUUUUCUGUAUACCACCCCUUUAUUGUCACUACAACUGACUGGUGCAAACACAUUAAGGAGUAAAGAAAUUCCACAAAUUCACUUUUAACAAUGCACACGUGUUAAUUGAAAUGCAUUCCAGGUGACUACCUCAUGAAGCUGGUUGAAAGAAUGCCAAGAGUGUGCAAAGCUGUCAAAGGAAACGUGUGGCUGCUUUGAAGAAUCUCAUCUCAAAUAUAUUUUGAAUUGUUUAACACUUUUUUUGGUUAAUAAAUGAUUCCAUAUGUGUUGUUUCAUAGUUUUGAAGGUCUUCACUAUUAUUCUACAAUUGAAUGAGUAGGUGUGUCCAAUCUUUUGAAUGGUACUAUUUAUAUCUCAGAAUGUGCGUACAUACAUACAUACAUACAUACUGGACAAAAAUAUAAACGCAACAUGUAAAGUGUUGGUCCCAUGUUUCAUGAGCUGAAAUAAAAGAUCCCAGGAAUGUUCCUUAUGCACAAAAAGCUUAUUUCUCUCAAAUGUUGUGCACAUUGUUUUACAUCCAUGUUGUGAGUCCGGUUGGCUGUACUACCAAAUUCUUUAAAAUGACAUUGGAGGUGGCUUAUGGUAGAAGUUAACAUGAAAUUCUCUGGCAACAGCUCUGGUGGAUAUUCCUGCAGUCAGCAAGCCAAUUGCAUGCUCCCUCAACUUGAGACAUCUUUGGUAUUGUGUUGUGACAACUGCACAUUUUUAGUGGCCUUUUAUUGUCCCCAGCACAAGGUGCCCCUGUGUAAUGAUCAUGCUCUUUAGUCAGCUUCUUGAGAAUGCCAAACCUGUCAGGUGGAUGGAUUAUCUUGGUAACGUGGAAAUGCUCACUAACAGGGAUGUAAACAAAUUUGUGCACUAACGUUGAGAGAAAUAAGCUUUUUGUGCAUAUGGAAAAUGACUGGGAUCUUUUAUUUCAUCUCAUGAAACAUAGGCCCACACUUUACAUGUGUGUGCGCACACUCGCUAGCUUGUUGAUAUGACUGUUUCUUCACUUUCUGUGAAAAUGACACAUCAAUCAUUGGUCUUAAAGUCUUAAUAUGAUUGUUUGUGUUAUUGAGGGAGGGAGUUGUGGGCUGGCCAGAGUGCCACUUUAAACUACACUGUAGAAGCAUCAGCCAUGCCAUUGUUUUAUGGUAUCAUUUGUUUAGAACUUGUGGUUUUGUACAGCUUGGAUGUUUUUGUAUUUACCUUCUUGGGUUGGCACUGUAGCUGGUUUUAACUUAAUUUUGUACACUUUAAAUCCACACUCACUGUGCAAACCACUGCCUAUUUGCUGGCUGGAAACGUGUUGGCAGUGUCGAUCUAGACCACAAAUGACUUUUCUUCUGUGACGGUUGUUAAAUCAAACUUCCUAUCAUUACUUGGUUGCUGUUCUGUCAACAUCCAGGGAUAGGAUUUGCAAUAAGUAUUCUUACCCUAUUGUUCAAUGUGCUGGAUCAUCCACCAGCCAGUUGUCAUAUUUUUAAGUUCUCAGGAAAUAUCUUUGAAAUAAAGCUCCCCCCCCCCCCCCCCCC